AUGACUCAGUCAGUGCAAGUUAACCCGAAGCUGCCUGAUCUGCGCUCUCCAUUCAUCUACUCCAAUCAGGAGGAGGCUGACCAGUCAGGCUCCUACUCCGUUCAGACUCCGUAUGGUUUCCAGCUGGAUCUGGAUUUCCUAAAAUAUGUAGAAGAAAUAGAGAGUGGGCACAAUCUCCGUCGGGGACCUGUCAGCUCCCGCCGAUUGGGUAGAGGGAUCAAACUCUCCCAGAGGAGCACAGGUGUGGGCGGGCGCACUAGUGGCUGGACAUCCACAGAGUCUCUAGCUUCCCCUGCCAGUGAAGAUGGCAGAGCUCCUCCACCGCCACCACCACGCAACCGCCUUGGGUCAGCACCCUGUGAAGGACUCUCUCUUUCCCCUGUGACCCUCCUCACAGUCCCUCCACUGUCUGCUGGAGCCAAAGUGCCACCCCCUCCACCGCAGCGAAACCCUAGAGUUGAGCGGACUCUCCUUGAAACCAGCCGGCGGCUACAGCAGGAACAAACCCACCAGCAUCAAAAUGGCGGACGAUUCCAGCUUGCAGAUCCUCCCAAACAGCUCUUACCCUCCUCAUCCACUCAGCCUCUGCAGAGUAACUGGGUUAAACCCAGUCCUCAGACCUCAGGGCGCAGCACCCCUGCUACUGGCACCGCAAUGACUCCGAUCCCUCCCAGCCAGCUGCAGACAGUUAGAGAGCAGAUGGCUACGGCCUUGAAGCAGCUAAAGGAGAUGGAAGAAAGGGUAAAGGGUGUUCCUGCACUUGAGAGAGAGGUGGCCAAGCUUCGUGCAGAGAAGGAAAUGCUCCUGUUAGCCCUGGAAGACAAGAAAGUAGCCAUGGAGGUGGCCCAGCAGAAGCAACAGUCCACAGAGUCUUCUACCCAAACAACAGAGACCCUUCAAAGCCAAAGUGAUCACCAUGUCCACGGUCAACAAACUUCUCCAACCUCACCUGGCCACACCGGCCUUGGUAAAUCUGGCGAGCUGAAAAGGUUGACAGAGAAGUUUGAGGGGAAGGAAGAGAAAACUCCAGAGCUCUCAUCAAAAGUUUUAGUAAAAGCUCCACAGAAAGUUUCAGCUGUUGAGAAGAAGUCUGUGGCUGCUGGGGGCGACAUGCCAAUGGACUCUGUUGUUUUCUACUACUGCCAGGGUGUGAAAGAUGCCUCUGUAAACACCAAGGUGAAUGUUUGUGAGAAAUGUACAGAAACAGAGGCCCCUCUGGUUCAUGAGGAGGGGGUACAGACCAAGGUGGAGACAGAAGAUGCUGAGGUUUGGGUCAUGGAGUCACUACUUGGACUGAGCAGCGAGGCGCAGCGGGAGAUUGAUACCUUACAAGACACCAUUAAAUUUCAGCAGGAGACCAUUGUGGCUCUAGAGGACCAGUUGAGUGUGGUUGACAAUGACCUAGGGAUGCUUAGAGCCAAGAUGGAAGAGAAAACCACUAAAGUCAUGUUUGAGAAAGGGGUUCUUGCCAAACCAGACAUGAUGAAUGUCCAGACAGAGACAGUGACUUCUGAGUUUAAGCAUGUUGCAGUUUUAUGCUGUCCAGAGGUGACUGAUGCAUGUGUAGGGGAGAUUCUGACAGCUGUUCAGACUGAGCAGGGCACCCAGACGGAUGCUUUACAGAAACCAGCAGAACCAGCUCCUGUUGCACUGGUCAGCACUGGGUGUCAAUGGGAGAAAUUGUUCGAGGGAAAGACUGAGGAGCAAAAAGUUACAGUACCAAAGAGGAGACAGUUGACCAUCGCAGAGUACAAGGUUUGUCCAGAGGAAGAGGUUGUCAGCACAGCUGAGAAACAAGAGGAUGACCAAGGACAGAAAACUGAAGCUGGCAACACCAAGACAGGUAUGCUGAAAUCGAUCAUGAAGAGGAAGGAUGGGAGUAACUCAGGCGAAAAUCGCACCACUGGCAAGAAGAGCCUGCAAUUUGUUGGUAUUCUAAAUGGAGGGUAUGAGUCAACAUCCAGUGAAGAGGAAGAGGGGGGGGGAGAAGACGAGGAGGAGGAGGAGGAAGAUGGGAGUUCUUCUGGAGAAAGUGGUGAAGGGGAGUGCUUGGACAGUACAGAGGAGGAUGAGGCUGCUCUUGAGGAAGAAACAUCUGAGGAGGAGAGAAAUGUCAACCUGGAUGAGAGUGACACAGAUGAGGAAACUCUGAGAGCUGAAAGUUAUUCAUCUGAUGCUGUGAAAGAGAAGUUUGAGCUGAGCUCAAAAAUGCGUGAAGCUUGCCUCAUUUUAAAGAAUCACCUGAACGAUGACAUUAAAACACUGAAGAGUAAGGAAGUGCUCUCCAGCACCCACACUGUGCAGCUCGAGUGGUUCCGCAUGUCUAGUGCCAAGAUGGCUCAGCCUUCACGGGUUUCAGACUACCUGAUGGCGUUCUCUGAAGUGUCGUCGGCUCUGCUGCAACACGUAGUCAACAUGACUGAUGGCAAUGGCAACACAGCUCUUCACUACAGUGUCUCCCACUCCAACUUUGGUGUGGUUGGACUGCUGCUGGACACAGGUGUGUGCUGUGUGGAUAAGCAGAACAAGGCGGGCUACACGGCCAUCAUGCUGGCUGCUCUCUCUACUGUGAAGGAAGAGGACGAUAUGGCUGUGGUCAAGAAGCUCUUCAGUCAGGGCAAUGUCAACGCCAAGGCCAGCCAGGCAGGCCAGACAGCAUUGAUGCUAGCUGUUAGCCAUGGACGUCAGGAGAUGGUGCGGGCACUGCUCAAGUGUGGCGCCGAUGUCAACGUGCAGGACGACGAGGGGUCCACAGCACUGAUGUGUGCCAGCGAACAUGGCCGAGCCGAGAUUGUCAAACUGCUCCUGGAACAGCCUGGCUGUGACAUAUCCAUUGUGGAUAAUGAUGGCAGCAACGCUCUGUCCAUCGCACUGGAGGCGUCUCACAAUGACACGGCUGUACUGCUCUACGCCCAUAUGAACUAUGCCAAGACCCAGCCUGCUGUGGGGAGUCCAAAGGCUCAACAACGGAGCCCCACCACUCCUCAAAAGCCCUGGCCUGCAUACUGAACUGAUCAUAGCCUCGGGCUGAGGUGGAAACUGGAUAUGAGCUGAGAAAAGCUCCACUGGAAAUUACUUAAAUAUAUAUGUAUUUAUAUUUUGCCAUAUGCCCUGCAUUUAUAAUUAUUGUUAAUAUGAGAAAAUUAUUUUUCCAUAAACGUUUUGAAUGGUUAUAUUAUAUACUUGACUAAUAUGAGCUCCUAGCAUGUCUAAAUGACGUCUCCAGCGCUUGUUUUUGCUGUGACAGGAGCUGAGGCCUUACAUUUAUUAUUUGCACUUCACAAAUGUUUAACUGUUGAGGGCAACAAAAAACAGCAACAUUUUCCAUGCAAGCCCACACACGGACACAAUACGCAUCACAAUACGACAUUAUCUAAUAGUGAAGCCAAGUGUGUAUGUAUGAAGUAACUUCCUGAAUUGGUUUCUUUAACAUAACUAAUUUUAUACUUUACAGCAUAUAUGGUGUGUGUUAUGGACAUCAAAUGACACAACACAGCUGGUGUGUGUUAUCCUCUUGUCUACACUUUCUGCCCUGCCGUGGAUGACUGACAAGUGAACCUGUUCACCUUCAUAGUCUGCACUAACUGUCCAUGUUCAUAUAAAUACAGUAUAUAUCAAAUAAAC